AUGGGGAGAUACUUAGUGGUUAGUUCUUGGCUUGAUCUUUUAAUUGAAGAUAGCUAUCUCUUGUCUAAAGUUAAGAGUUUGAGUUUACAUUGGGAAGUUCCGAUUUUUGCUGGUGUGGUUUAUGUUCUUUGGGUAGUUCAGAAUAAUCAGCGGAUUACUAGUGAAGAGAAGAGGAUGAAAGGGUGUCGUAUAUCAAAUAAUGCAGUAAGUAGUAAUAGUAAUAGUAAGGUUAGUAAUAGUAAGGUUGGUAGUAGUAAGAGUAAGAGUAUCUCAAAUAGGAGUAAGUCAAUAAGUACUAACUCAAUAAGUACUAACUCAACAAGUCCUAACUCAAUAAGUACCAAUUCAAUAAGUACUAAUUCAAGUCGUAGAUCUGGUUUGUAUCGUAGUUGGGCCUUUAGUCAUAAUCUGUUUAUGUCUGUUUUUAGUCUGGUGGUGUUUCUGCAUACGUUUCCGGUGAUUUGGAGGGGGUUUUGGAAUAGGAGUUUUCAUGAUUUUGUUUUGGAUGCUGAUAAGCAGUUGUGGGGGGAGUUGGCUAACUGGAUUUGGGUUUUUUAUAUUUCAAAAUAUUAUGAGAUUGUUGAUACGGCGAUUAUUUUUGCAGGGGGUAAGAAGUGUACCUUCUUGCAAAUGUACCAUCAUGCUGGUGCAAUUGUGGCUUGUUGGCUGAUCUCUUUGAGUGAGUCUUAUUCGGCUUGGAUUUGGGUGGUGCUGAACUCUUUUAUUCAUAGCUUGAUGUACUUGUACUAUGCGGCAACGGUGGUAGGGAUAAGACCUCCUUUUAAACGGGUGAUUACUUGCUUGCAGAUUGGUCAGUUUUUGACUGGAUUUGGGUUUGGGUUUAUCUAUAUCUUUUAUCCUGGGACGUUUAGUAAGGAUUAUCCUUUGCGGUUGUACCAACACUCGGCCAUUGGAUUUAAUAUAGUUUAUGUGGCUAUUCUAACGGCUUUGUUCAUUCGGUUUGAAAGAGAGACGUACAAGUCACGUAUGAAGGCCGGGGCUAGUGCUAUAUUGGCUAAAUCAAGUCAGGCUAAAUUGAGUCAAGUCAAAUCAAGCCAAUUAUCUGAGCUAGAAUCGGCUUUAACUUCUCCUGCUUCAGUUUCUAAUUCAUCAGCCGUACUAAGUCCAGUAUAA